GCCAGAAACAGUCAGGGCUUUCUACUGCUUUGUGUUGCCAGUUGUCUGGCUGCGAGUUACACUUCAGCGCUUGGCCCCCCCCCUCGCCGCUCUUUCCCCCUCACUGGAAAUAACUUCAGAGGAGUCUCAGAUGCAACUGGCGGUGGGAGAGCUGACAGCUCGGAGGUGGAUGGAGUUUGGAGGAAAUCUCCUUGGAAGGGACCUAUAAUCACAACAAUUUGCAAGAGAAUUUUCAAAUUUAAAUUGGUGGUUUCCUGAAGAGCCUGAAACGCUAAUCAGCAAGUGCGUCACUGCGAGGGGAAUGGCGCCGUCCUUGUGGCCAUUUGGCAUUGUGAUAACUGCCUUGGUCACAGGAUCCCUUUCCCAGAUUCCUGACCAGCAACAUGGAUGUUCUCAAGGUAGCUGCUACCCUGCCACUGGAGACUUGCUGGUGGGCCGAGCCGAUAAGCUCAAAGCUACAUCUACCUGUGGCCUUCGGAGAGCUCAGCCAUACUGUAUAGUCAGCCAUUUGCAGGAUGAAAAGAAAUGCUUCGUCUGCGACUCUCGCAAGCCCUACAAUCCCCUGUAUAACCCCAUCAGCCACCGCAUUGAAAACGUUAUUACAACCUUUGCUCCUCAUCGAAAAAAGGCUUGGUGGCAGUCUGAAAAUGGUGUUUCCGCAGUCACUAUUCAGCUAGAUUUGGAGGCUGAAUUUCACUUCACCCACCUGAUCAUGACCUUCAAGACCUUCAGGCCGGCGGCCAUGCUGGUGGAACGCUCUGCAGACUUUGGCCGUACCUGGCAGGCUUACCGUUACUUUGGACACGACUGUGCCUCCUCCUUCCCAAACGUGUCCCGCAGUGCCCUGAGGAAGGUGGAUGAAGUUAUCUGUGAAUCCCGUUACUCUGACAUUGAGCCCUCUACGGAAGGGGAGGUCAUUUACAGAGUUUUGGAUCCAGCUAUCCCGAUCCGAGACCCAUAUGGCCCAAAUAUUCAGAAUCUCUUGAAGAUCACCAACCUCAGAAUCAACUUUACCAAGCUGCACACAUUGGGCGACAACCUUCUGGAUUCCCGAGUGGAGAUCAAAGAGAAGUAUUACUAUGCCCUUUACGAGCUGGUGGUACGAGGGAACUGCUUCUGUUAUGGCCAUGCAUCUGAAUGCGCGCCCAUCCAAGGAGUGUCCAGAGAUGUCGAGGGCAUGGUGCAUGGAAGAUGUGUGUGCAAACACAAUACCAAGGGGCUCAAUUGUGAGCAAUGUGAUAGUUCCUUUAAUGAUCUUCCUUGGAGACCAGCAGAAGGACGCAGCACCAACGCCUGUAAAAAGUGCAACUGCAACAAUCACUCUCGCAAGUGUCACUUUGACAUGGCCGUGUACUUGUCUACUGGAAAUGUGAGCGGUGGGGUAUGUGACGACUGUGUGCACAACACCAUGGGCCGUAACUGUGAACUGUGCAAGCCGUUCUUCUACAAGGAUCCAAGCAAGGAUUUACGGGACAGUGCAGUCUGCAAAGCCUGUGACUGUGACCCAGACGGGUCGUUGGACGGAGGCCUGUGUGACUCCCUGGAUAACCCAGCUUUGGGUCUCAUUGCUGGACAGUGCCGCUGCAAAGAUUAUGUCGAAGGCCCAAGAUGUGAUCGAUGCAAGACUGGAUUCUUUGGCCUGAGUACAAAUAACUUUCAGGGCUGCCAAAGGUGCCAGUGUGACCCAAGAGGUACCAUCUCGGACGGUGCUCAGUGUGACCCAAUCAGUGGCGACUGUUUCUGCAAACGCUUUGUGACUGGCCGAACAUGCAACCAAUGCCUGCCUGAAUUUUGGGCCCUCAGCCAUGACCUCCAUGGGUGCAGAUCCUGUGACUGUGACAUUGGCGGUGCCUGGGAUAACCACUGUGCUACGGAGACAGGCCAGUGUCGAUGCCGCAGCCAUAUGGUUGGCAGGCAAUGUAACCAGGUGAAAUCUGGCUACUACCGCAUACACCUGGAUCACUACACGUACGAGGCCGAAUCUGCUUUGCACCGACAGGGUUGUUCAGUGUUGGAGAGGGAACGUCUGAUCGGUCGCCCAGCCACAUGGACUGGUCCUGGAUUUGCCCUGGUCCCAGAGGGAGGAAUUCUAGAGUUCCAGAUCAGCAAUAUUCCUUAUUCUAUGGAAUAUGAUGUCAUCAUACGUUAUGAACCCCAGCUUCCAGCAACUUGGGAACAAGUCAAAAUAUCCGUGAUUAGACCGGGUCCUAUCCCAACGAGUAGCCCAUGUGGUAAUACCAUCCCAGCUGAUGAUCUGAUGGUGGCAUCUCUACCCCCUGGCACAAGGCAUGUAGUCCUGCCUCAGCCGGUUUGUCUGGAACGUGGGGUCAGUUAUACUAUUCGACUGGAGUUCAGCAGAUACAGUUUGAGAGAAAAGAUACCUAGUGCCAACAUAUUGAUUGAUUCGCUAGUGCUGGUUCCUAGAUACUCCUCCAUGGAAAUGUUCAUUGCCGGAGACCCUGCAUCUAUACAACGCAAGGAGACUUUUGAGCGUUAUCGCUGCCAUAGCAACAGUGGAAAUGUAAUAAAGUCAUCUACCACCGAGGUGUGCUCUGGUCUCAUCACAAGCAUGUCGGCUAUAAUUCAUGAAGGAGCACUGCCCUGUAGCUGUGACCCACAGGGAUCUCUGAGCUCAGAAUGUGACCCCAAUGGUGGGCAGUGCCAGUGUAAAGCUAAUGUCAUUGGGCAGCGCUGUGAUCGCUGUGCACCAGGAACACAUGGAUUUGGACCAACAGGAUGCAAAGCCUGUGAAUGUAAUAUGGAGGGAUCCACUCACAAUUUCUGUGAUCAGCGCACCGGUCAGUGUCCUUGUCGGCCAGGGGCAUUUGGCUCCAGGUGCGACCGCUGCCAGCCUGGCCACUGGGGCUUCCCAAACUGCCGGCAGUGUCAGUGCAAUGGUCAUUCAGAAGAGUGCGACCAGAGAACAGGGGCAUGUCUGAACUGCCGAGACCACAGCACCGGAGACAGAUGUGAGAGAUGCACUGCAGGCUUUUAUGGAAACCCAAUUCUGGGCUCAGGGGACCACUGCCGUCCCUGCCCCUGCCCUGAGGGGCCCAACAGUGGGCGACACUAUGCAGCAUCCUGUCAUCAAGACCCCCGUUCCAGACAAGUCAUCUGCAACUGCAAACAGGGGUACACGGGAUUGGUAAAAAGGGCGAUGGGGUUACGGCGGCCUCGCUGUGAAGAAUGUUCUCCAGGGUUCUUUGGAAAUCCAUUCCAGACUGGGGGACGCUGCCUUCUUUGCCAGUGUAAUAAUAACAUUGAUAUGACAGAUAUUGGGGGUUGUGACCGCCGCAGUGGCCAGUGCCUCAAAUGCAAGUACAACACCGAAGGGAGGUUCUGUGAGCACUGUCGAAUUGGCUUUUAUGGGGAUGCAUCAAGGCGCAACUGCAGAAAAUGUACAUGUAACUACCUUGGGACAGAACCAAGCCAGUGUCCAUCACGGGAAGACUGCAUGUGUGACAGAACAAGCGGACAGUGCCUUUGCUUACCAAACGUCAGGGGUCAGAACUGCGACCGUUGCAGUCCACACUUUUGGAACCUGGCAAGCGGCAAGGGCUGUCAGCCAUGUAACUGUGACCCCAACCAUUCCUUCAGCCUAUCCUGCAAUGAGUUUACAGGAAAAUGUCAAUGCCGGCCUGGAUUCGGUGGCCUGACCUGUACGGAUUGCCAGGAAAAUUAUUGGGGAAAUCCCAAUAUUCAAUGCAGGGCUUGUGAUUGUGAUCGCCGUGGCAUCAAGGCACCACAGUGUAAUAGAGCCUCGGGUCAUUGUGACUGCCGGGCUGGAGUGUCAGGAGUGCGUUGUGACCAGUGUGCCCGGGGAUUUUCUGGGCAGUUUCCUGAUUGCCAGCCCUGUCAUCAGUGUUUUGGUGACUGGGACCGUAUAGUUCAAGACCUGGCCACUCGUACCAAGAGCCUAGUUCAAAGGGGCAAGGACAUCCAGCAGAGUGGGGUAGCCGGAGUGUACCAAAAGAACUUCCGUGAGAUCGAGAAGAAGCUUGCCAAGGCUCAAGGCAUUGUCAAUGCCCGCAAUGCCACUGCGGAAUCAGUGACUAAACUAAUGAAGAUUAUGGAUGACUUGCGGAAUAAAAUUAACGAGUCAACAGAGGCUCUCACGCAGUUAGAGGGCGAACUGACAGCUGUGCAGGAUGAGAACUUUGAUGCCAACCAUGAUCUGGCCGAGUUGGAAAGGGAUGCUAGGAGUUUAAACAUGACUGCCAAGGAGAGGUCCCAUCAGCUGGAUGUCUUGAAGAACUCAAACUUUUUGGGUGCAUAUGACAGCAUCCAACAAUCUCAUGCAAAGUCAAGACAAGCCGAAAAACAAGCCAAUAAUGCCACCACCAAUGUUCCCAGUCCUGUUAGUGACUCAGCUAGGACCAGGGAGAAGACCCAGCAGCUGAUAACACACAAGCGGGAUGACUUUAAUAGGAAGAAUGCAGCUAAUCGUCGGGCACUUAAUGAUCUGGCAGCUAAAACAGACACCCUUGACAUGAAAAAGAUCAAUGAGAAGGUCUGUGGGGCUCCAGGAGAUGCCCCAUGCUCUGAGAGUCCCUGCGGUGGAGCUGGUUGUCGUGAUGAUGAAGGGAAGAGGCACUGUGGUGGGUUGAACUGUAAUGGAGCCGUGGCUACUGCUGACAAUGCUUUGGGACGAGCACGCCAUGCUGAAGAAGAACUUCAGAAAGCACUAGGAGAAGUAGAAGUGCUUUUCCAAAAGGUGGCUGAAGCAAAGGUAAAGGCAGACAGAGCAAAACAGAGGGCACAAGCCACCCUCGACAGGGCAAAUGAAACAAAGGCAAGGGUGGAACAGUCCAAUAAGGAGCUGCGGGAACUCAUCCAGCAAAUCAAGGACUUUCUGAACCAGGAAGGUGCAGACCCAGACAGCAUUGAGAUGGUGGCAAGUCGUGUCUUGGAUCUCACAAUCCCUGCAACCCCAAAGCAAAUCCAGCGUCUUGCUGAGGAAAUCAAGGACAGAGUGAAAACACUUGCAAACGUGGAUGCCAUUCUGGACCAAACCGCUGCUGAUGUGCGCAAAGCAGAGCAACUGCUGCAUGAAGCCAAAAGAGCCAAGAACCGAGCCGAGAAUGUAAAGAACACAGCCGAGUCUGUGAAAAGGGCCCUGGAUGAUGCUAGGAGAGCUCAGAAUGCUGCUGAAGGAGCUAUCCAAAGCGCCAAUGAUGACAUCAAAGACACGGAGAGGAAAUUAACAGCAAUUCAGACAGCAACAUCUAGUGCAGAGAAUCAGCUUAAUGAUGCUAUGGAUCGAGUAGGAAAUCUGGAUAAACAAAUUGACGGUCUGAAAAUGAAAAGGGCCAACAACAGCUUGGCUGCCAGCCGUGCAGAAGAAUCUGCCACUGCAGCACUGGAUAAAGCAAAUGAUGCCAAGAAGAUCUUAGAAGGACAACUGGCAGACAAAUACAAAACUGUUCAGAAUGUUGUUGAUCGAAAAGCUAAGAACAUUAAAGAGGCGAAGACAAAAGCGGACCAACUUCAAGAUGAGGCAAAGAAACUCUUAGAGAAUGCACAGGAUAAAUUAAAGAGGUUGCAAGAUCUGGAAGUUGAAUAUACGAAGAACGAGAAACUUCUUCAGGACAAAGCGAAACGUCUUAAUGGCCUAGAAGACAAGAUGAAGGAAAUUUUACACGCAAUUAACCAACAAAUUCAGAUUUAUAACACCUGCCAGUAGAAGGAGAAUUGCCAAUGCCCUGUAAAUCAUGGUGUAUGUUGCACACAGCCCAAAGACUUUUUCCUAUUUAGAGUGCCUUAUUAGUCUAAAGGUUAUAACUGGGCCACAACAUAUAUUUCAUUUGCAUUUUUGUGUGCCAGUUGAAUGUCAACCAUAAAGUAUUAAGGACCUCUCGAACACCCCCCAAGUCUUGUCUCAUUCCACUAUUACUCUGAGUGCUAUAUUUAUCAAAGGCUGAAAAGACAAUUUUUCACAGAAUCUCCAAAACAUGAAAUACCCCGGACCUCAAACGUCUUGUUUAGGUGUAUGGUAUAGUUCUUUAUAAAUUUUUCUUUACUAGUUGAUGUCCUGUGCCUGUUCAUAAAUCCUAAAGGUAAAGAUCACAUGAUUUCUCAUGAAGCUGUAAGGAGGAGAAAUGUCUGAUUUAUUGUCUCAAGAGUCAAUGAAAAUAUAUAAUGGCCUAAUGAAUGGACAAUCCAAAAUAUAGUACUGAUAUUGGUGCCAAUGAAGUUUCAACUACUGAAAAAUAGUUGAGCAAAUGUGUGUCUUCUGGAGACCCCAACACCUCUUUGCACGAAUGUUUUGUUCUUCUGUUUGUCUGAGCUCAAUGACCUCUUCCAGUAAAUUGGGAGAUCUUGGAAGAUGUACUGUACUUCCAUGUUUUACACAACUACACAUGUCCUUUUAUCCUCUCAUAAAAGUCUAAUACAACUUGUCACACGUAUUUCAGUUCUUGUCAAGAAAAGUUUUAUUUCAAUUGUAAAGGUGCUGCAUUUUUUUAAGUCAAGGUGCUUGUUUAUGGAGUAUAAUGUAGCAUUCACAUGUAAAUAAGUCCCUAAAGUUUGGUAAGCCCCCCUUAGCCUAUAACAAGAAAGAGAUAAACAUUGAUGUGUAAAUAAUUCAACCAUAAUCCCUAAAAUAUCUAGGACAGCAAAUGCUUUUUACCACCAAAUAUUACACCCUGUUUGACCUUUAGGCUUGCCCCCCCCCCCACCCCAAGUGGACCAGACAACAUUUUGGGAACCACUGUCACUAAACAGUGACUGUCUAUGGCAUCUUGCAGCAGCCCCUCUGGAAUUUGCCUGAACCCACAGAUUGCCAGUCUGGGCCUGGUCCUAGACUGUUGUUAAGCAGGCCACAGAAACUAGUAUAUGUGGGCAAUGUGAAUGCAACAGAAUGCUCUUUAAACACAUUUUUAAAGAAACAAAAUAUUUUUUGUUGCAUUGUUACUACAAAGUUAAUAUAGACAUAUGGGAACAAAAAAACUGGUGCUGUAGUAGGCCAGUUAGAAGUGCAGGACUGUCAACACUUCUCAGACCCCUUCUAAAUAGCAAAGGAAGUGUGGUGAGAGACAGCCCUAUGAUUUCAUACAUCAAGGCCUACAACUUUCAAACCAUACCAAUGGAGAACAUCUUAUAAAGGGAUUUUCCAUUUUUUUCCAGCUAUAUUACACAUUAUAAGGCCAAAAUGUUGCUUCCAGCUUCAAUUUAGGGGUUGGGGUGUAACACUUAUUCUUCUCUAGGGUGCAGAGUAACUUGGGUCUCAUCUCUGUCUCUGGGAAUGCAUAAAAAGCUGCCAAUAUCCUGAUCCUGACCAGUCAUCAACCAGCUCAAUGUUUCACUCAGACUCACUUAUGACUAUAUUGCAGUGAUAUAAUUGUUUGGGAAUGGCCAACUUUUUUCUAACAUCCCUACAUUUAUAGUCACUGACCUAGCUGGCAUUAAAGAUUAAAGCACUGAAAAAAGUAAUAUAUCUUGAAAUUAUAUUAAAAAAUAUAUGUCUCCCAUGGGUUGCUUUAAACUGUAUUUUCAUUGUAUCUGAGCACAAAUAAAAUAUUCCACUGUC